GUCAAUGUAUGGCAUAAAUGCAUAUAAAGUAUAAAAACAUUAGUUUUGAUGAAAACAAUCGGCAAAUGUGUUGACAAUAUAAUGACAAACAGUGUUUGGAAAGCAAUUGACGGGUCACUCGACUGGUCGGAGACCGACACUCACGAGUGGCCAGAAUCGGCCAAUUUGUUGGCAUUGCACGACAAUCACUUGUUGGUGUGGCGGCCGAGUCUACAGUCGAUUUCUUGUCUGCAAUUGUUGUCCGACAAUACUGUUUGUCGCUCUGACCGACUUAGCCUAACAAACGCUCCGCUCUUCGAUGUGGACAGUCUUGACUUGUGUCGUACCGGUCGCUAUCUAGCUCUUUGUGGUAGCCGUGGCAUUCAUAUUGUCCAAUUGCCACCUAAAUUGCCGACCGCCGAUCGUUACAAUGUGGCCAAAGAGCCGCUAUUAUGCCGGUCGUGGCCUUUGGCCCAACGCUUCUUUGUCUGCAACCAUAACAUUGAAUUACUUUGCAGUCGUUGGCAUCCAAUCAGUCCUCACGAUUGCAUUGUUUUACUCACUAAUGAUAACAGAUUAAGACUAUUUGACAUCUUUGAAGAAGAAACUCCUGAACAGAUCAUUGACUUAUCCAAUAUUGAUAUCAACAACAAAUCCAUCACACAUUUUGGUGUAUCACCAAUCGCUUUCUCAUUGGGUGAAAAUGCAAUCAGCUUUGACUUCGCACCAUCGAUAUCCAAGUGCUACGACACAGAACCGUCAUCGAUGACCAAUACUGAUGAGUGUUUAACACCAAUCUAUAUUUUGAGAGGAAAUGGAGAUGUUUUGUUGGUUUAUUCAAGUUUUAAAUACUCGUACGUAUCGAACACUAUCUUCGGUCCGCUAACUAUUAGACCGCCGGCUGAAGACAAUUACGGAGUCGACGCGUGUAGUAUUAUAUGUUUAGACUGUGUACCACCCGUUCUCAUAAUUGCCACUUCAUUUGGUGUUCUUCAUCACUGCAUUGCCAUUGAUAGUGAAGAUGAUCUGGACUCAAAUCACACUCUUUUGCCUCAACCAACACUUUUUGUUUAUGAGACAAUUGAGUUGUCUCUUUCAUUGACUACAAGCGGUGACUAUCAGGACAUGAGCUGUUUGUUGCGACUACAUAAGGAUCAGAUGAUACCGAUGCGGUAUUUUUGUAGUCAUUCCUGUGGAGUUCACGCCAUAUCAAUCCCUUUCAUUUCACAACUUAAGUCAAAAGAUAUACAAGAGUUUCGCGAAGAGGAGUCAAUUGUAGAGCAUUUAAUUUGCACAAAAUCUGUUGCCGGAUCAGUUAGAUCUAACGGUGAUUCAUUGGGUUCUACCGUUCCAUUGGGUAUUGUAGUUGGCGUACGGAAAGGUUUUACAUAUGUUUUAGUAAUGUUAAGCUCUGGCGAACUUUUAUAUCGUCGAUUGACGCCAACAUAUAUCGCCCACAUCUUCGAUGAAACCGACAAUGAACUCGAAGAAGUUGACACUAUUUCAUCAGAUCUUUCUUUACCGAAAAUUAAUUUUAGUGAUUAUAUCAAACAAUUGCUUAAACGCAAUAUAAGCGUUCCGUUACUAAAAUCUAAAGACUCGUCAAAUAACGAUUUGUCGCAAAACUUAGAACUCGUGUUGACCACAACUGACACUUUGAAGACUGAAUACAUACAAAAGUAUGAUUUGGCGGUCAAUGCCAUUGAGAAACGGGUCAAAGUGUUGUCUAAUGACAAAGAUAUUCAGUUUAGAGAGUUAGACAAAUGUUUGAUUGAAAAGGAUCAGCUCAUGGAUUCACUGAUAGUCUUGAUCGACAAAUAUGACACAACUCGGGAACGACAGGAAGAGCUCUCAAAUCGAAUCGACAAAGUAUUGGAAAAUCUUCAGUUCCAAAGGCCUGAGUUGUCCGGCGCUGAGAUCCAGUUGAGGGAAGAGUUGAAUAGUGUGACCGAUAAGUUGAGUUCACACAGAAAUAAAUUACAACAAAUCAAAGUCAAAUGCAAGUAUCAAACACAACAAAAUCAACAAUUGGAUGAUAACAACGGCGCUCAACAACAACACAAUCGACAGCAAAGAAGUUUAUUGUCUAAUCAGAUUACCAUUCCUUCUCCCAAUCAAAUUAAAAGCAUCAAAGAAAUGUUGGCCAAUCAGUCAGAAUUAAUCACUGAUUUGGUUCAGACUCUCAGUACUUAUACUAAAAAUGAUUCGGAUUUGUAAUUAAUGUUAAAC